AUGCGUGGUGAUGAGAAGUUGAUAGGCGCAAUAGAUCAAGGGACGUCAAGUAGUCGUUUCUUGUUGUUCGAUCUAGCAACCGGCGAUGUGGUUGCACACCAUCAGAUCGAAGUCCGGCAGUUAUUCCCGCAUCCAGGAUGGGUGGAAAUGGACCCGAAUGAGAUGAUCAACACCGUUAAAAAAUGUAUCGAAACCGUUUGUAAGAAUCUAGAUAAACUGAAAAUUAGUCUCUCACAGAUCAAAUGCGUUGGAAUAACGAAUCAACGCGAAACCACAGUGUUAUGGGAUCGUGAAACCGGUAACCCAUUGUGCAAUGCGAUUGUAUGGCUUGAUAGUAGGACAACUGAUCUUGCUUUCAAAUAUUCGCAAAAGACACCCAACAAGUACGUUGAUUUAUCAGUCAGUGAUUGA